UGCCCGAACGGAACCUGGGGAGCUAUUUUUAUUCCAUCGAAUCCUGAAGUGAGGUGUUGGGGGGGAUAAGGCUGCUUUCCCAGGGAUUUAUUUCAUGGGGAUGUGUUCACGGCAAGAGAGGAUUCAGAAGGAUAUAGACAUCGUCAUCCAAAAGUGCAAGGCGGAGAGGGACUGCCUGUUUUCAGAUUUCAGAUACUCGGAUUCCACCUUCACAUUCACCUACCUAGGCGGCUCCAAAAGUGUUGCAUAUUCAGUUCAUGUCUCUGAGGAUUAUCCAGAUAACACUUAUGUAUCAAGUUCUGAAAAUGAAGAAGAUGUGUUAGUAACAACAGAACCAAUCCCUGUCAUUUUUCAUAGAAUUAAUGAGUUGAGAAAGUCCAACGAUGUCAGCAACUGCUUAUCCAUAAAGUCAAAACUGCAGAAAGAGAAUGGAGAGGAAUCCAGACACAGCAGCGCAGUGGAAGAAGAUUCUGAAGGGGACAAUGACUCUGAAGAAUUUUAUUACGGAGGGCAGGUGAGCUAUGAUGGAGAACUUCAUAAGCACCCACAGCUGGAGGCUGACCUUGCAGCGGUGAGAGAAAUCUAUGGGUCCAAUGCUGUAUCUCUCAGGGAAUAUGGAGCAAUCGAUGAUGUGGAUAUUGAUCUACAUGUUGAUGUUAGCUUCCUUGAUGAAGAGAUUGCUGUGGCGUGGGAUGUGAUCCGUACAGAGCCUAUUGUGGUGCGUCUGCAUUGUUCUCUAACACAGUAUUUAAAUGGCCCAGUGCCAACAGUUGACGUGUUUCAGAUUUCCACUAAGGAAAAAUUUGGGUUGGGGCAUCAAUUGAAAAAAAUAAUGCAGACAUUUGUGACACAGCAAUGGAAGCAGAGCAAGGAAAAAUCAAAUUGUUCGCACAAGAAAGUGUCAGAUAAGAAGGUGAAAUCCCCUCUGCACAUUUUUUCUACGCUGCGCAGGUCGCCAAGCUAUCCCCCUCCUGGAUGUGGGAAAAGCAAAGUAAAACUAAAAUCUGAGCAAGAUGGCAUCUCAAAAACCCAUAAAUUGUUGAGGAGAACUUGCUCUAGCACAGUGAAGGCUGAAGACAUGUGUAACACAAAAUCUCACAGGAACUUUGGCCGUUCUUUGUCUAGUGACCCUAGGGCUGAACAAACUAUGAGUUUGAAAUCACACAAACUCUUGAAUCGUCAAUGCUCCACAGCCAUUAAGCAAGAUGACUGCAUAUCACUAAAGCAACAUAAACUGCUAAGUCGUUCUUGUUCUGGAGAUCCCAGAUGUGAGCACAACAGCACCUUGAAGCCCCAUAAACUUUUAAGCAGGUCUUACUCUAGUAACCUUCGUAUGGAGGAAUUAGAUGGACUCAAGAACCACAAACUACUCAGCAAAACCUAUUCCAGUGUCCCCAAAUCAUCAAAAAUGGACCUUUUGAAAGAACCUAUAGCAGAGGGCAGGAGGCUCUCUCUUACCUCAGGGCUGAUUGGUAUCUUAACGCCAGCUACGUCUUCACAACCCACUCCAAACAAUGGUGCAAAAAUUGUUCCAGCACGAGGUCAUGGAUUUCUUGUCCAGACCAUUGAGUUUGCUGAACAGAGAAUCCCUGUGCUGAAUGAAUACUGUGUGGUUUGUGAUGAACCCCAUGUCUUUCAAAACGGACCAAUGCUGAGGCCCACCGUGUGUGAACGGGAACUGUGUGUAUUUGCUUUCCAGACGCUGGGUGUCAUGAAUGAAGCUGCAGAUGAAAUAGCAACUGGAGCUCAGGUGGUAGAUCUCCUUGUUUCGAUGUGUCGAUCUGCUUUGGAAUCUCCAAGGAAGGUUGUCAUUUUUGAGCCAUAUCCUUCGGUGGUGGACCCCAAUGACCCUCAGACCCUGGCCUUUAAUCCAAGAAAGAAGAAUUACGACAGAGUUAUGAAAGCACUGGAUAGUAUCACAUCCAUCAGAGAGAUGACUCAAGCACCUUAUUUGGAAAUUAAGAAACAAAUGGACAAGCAAGAUCCCUUAGCCCAUCCGUUGCUGCAAUGGGUAAUUUCAAGUAAUAGAUCACACAUAGUGAAACUGCCAGUUAACAGGCAACUGAAAUUUAUGCACACCCCGCACCAGUUCCUACUUCUCAGCAGUCCACCAGCCAAAGAAUCCAAUUUUAGAGCUGCUAAGAAACUUUUUGGGAGCACAUUUGCAUUUCAUGGCUCGCACAUUGAAAACUGGCACUCGAUACUGAGGAACGGCUUAGUCGUUGCUUCCAAUACAAGACUGCAGCUUCAUGGUGCCAUGUACGGAAGUGGAAUAUAUCUUAGUCCUUUAUCAAGCAUAUCAUUUGGUUACUCAGGGAUGAAUAAGAAGCAGCAGAAAGUAUCGGCUAAGGACGAUCCUCCAUCAAGUAGUAAGAGCAGCAGUACCAUACAGUCACAGAAAAAAGGACAACAAUCCCAAUUUUUGCAAAGCCGUAACUUGAAAUGUAUAGCCUUAUGUGAAGUGAUCACUUCACCAGAACUGCACAAACAUGGGGAGAUCUGGGUUGUUCCCAAUACUGAUCACGUCUGUACAAGGUUCUUUUUUGUAUACGAAGACGGACAAGUGGGUGACACAAGUAUUAACACACAGGAGCCAAGCAUCCAUAAAGAAAUUCUUCGAGUCAUUGGCAACCAGACAGCGACUGGUUAACUAUUGGAAAUUGGUGUGAUGUGGGGGGGCCUUUAUUAUCAGUCUCAAAGCUGGACUUUGUACUGAAAAAAGAACAGACUCCACGAAAUUUUAAAAGGCCGAUCACACUUCAAACCAUUUUUAAUUCAUAUCUUCAGUGUUUUACUUAAACAAGACAUAUGAAUAUGUCAUUGCAACAGAACUAGCAUAAACGUGUUGUGUUAAGAAAAAAACACGACAAAAAGGGGUGAAAUAAAAGAAGUAAGAGGUUUGUGAUCAGAAAUUAGAUUCUGUUCCAGUUCCUAACUUCGGGCUAGUACUUUCUACUGAUAUAACUAUGGUUUUCCUUGCAAUAAAUACAAUUAUCAAGUGUUUUAUGGGCUUUUUAUGUUAAAGUUAUUUGGAAUAUGGAAACAUUAUUGUAUUGUGUGCUGUGUUUAUCUGGAGGUUAGAUACACAUGUUCAGCAUUGGUAUUGAUUUUAGAAUUUUCUAAACACGAAUCUUUUUUUUUCUUAUAAAGCAAAUAGCAGAAGACAAAAAAAAAAUGUAAUAAUAAAUCUCUAUGGAAAUUGAUACCUAAAGAACGCUGGAUCUUUUAAUCAAACUUUUCUAUUUUUUUUAAAUCCUUAUCUAGUAUGUGACAUGGAAAAUCCAGAAACGAUUUCCAAUGCGAAUUUAGGAACAUUAUAGAAAUUGGAAUUUUUCUUUC